AUGGCUGACGCCCCAGAGGACUUCUCCUCUUUGCCCUUGCCCGACCGGUUCGCUCAUAAGAACUGGAAAGUCCGCAAGGAGGGAUACGAAGAAGCUAGAGAGCAAUUUGAGAAAACCCCCGAUGAAUCACAUCCAGUAUUCGUACCAUUUAUACAAGAUCCCGGCCUGUGGAAAGGCGCAGUCGCAGAUUCCAACGUCGCCGCACAGCUAGAAGGACUUGCAUCAUACUGCGCCUUUUUGAAGUUCGGAGGUCCUCAGGCCUGCACGAGGACCCGCCAAUAUACAAUUGGUCCAAUUGCUGAGAAGGGUCUCGUAUCUACACGACCGGCCGCUAAAGCCAGCGCGGUGGAAGCUCUUCUACUAUGUGUGGAACUGGACAAGUCCGACCCGGUGAUCGAGGAACUGCUGCCUACACUCUCACACAAAGUGCCCAAGGUGGUUGCUGCGUCUCUUGCAGCGUUUACCGCUAUUUAUCACAAUUUCGGUUGCAAGAUCGUCGACCCGAAGCAAACUUUGAAGGCGCUGCCUAAGGUUUUCGGUCACGCCGAUAAGAAUGUUCGAGCCGAAGCACAGAACCUGGCGGUGGAACUCUACCGGUGGCUUCGGGAGGCCAUCAAGCCUCUGUUCUGGGCCGAUUUGAAACCCGUACAGCAGGCUGAUUUGGAGAAACUAUUUGAAACUGUAAAGCAGGACCCCACCCCAAAGCAAGAGCGAUUCACUCGGGCACAACAAGAUGCCAUGGCCGCGGCCAGCGCUGCGCCGGCCGGCGUCCAGGAUGUAGAACAAGGCGGUGAGGAGUUCGAGGAAGAGGAGGAAGCUGAUGCCGUUGAUGCCUUUGACCUCGCGGAGCCUGUCGAUGUUUUGAAGAAAGUCCCUGCCAACUUCCAUGAGCAGUUGGCCUCUUCAAAAUGGAAAGAUCGCAAAGAAGCAUUGGAUGAACUGUAUAACGUGCUAAAUGUGCCCCGAAUCAAGGACGGCCCCUACGAUGAUAUCGUCAGAGGCUUGGCCAAAUCCAUGAAAGACGCCAACGUCGCUGUGGCUACCGUGGCUGCAAACUGUGUGGACGUGCUGGCCAGGGGCCUGCGCAACGGAUUCGCUAAAUACCGAAGCACUAUCAUGGUUCCUAUGUUUGAGCGUCUCAAAGAAAAGAAGCAGACUGUUGCAGAUGCCUUGGGUCAGGCAUUGGAUGCUGUUUUCUCUACAACAACCCUUUCGGAGUGUCUGGAAGAAAUCUUCGAGUAUCUCAAGCACAAGAACCCCCAAAUCAAGCAGGAGACUGUCAGGUUUUUGGUCCGGUGCUUGCGCACAACCAGGACAGUACCGGCCAAACCAGAACAGAAAGCGAUUGCCGAUGCCGGCACCAAGCUGUUGACGGAAUCAGCGCCGGCCAUUCGUGAAGGAGCGGCUGAAAUUCUCGGUACGCUGAUGAAAAUUCUGGGUGAACGAGCCAUGAACCCGUAUCUCGAUGGACUCGAUGAGAUUCGCAAAACCAAAAUCAAGGAGUACUUUUCAACCGCCGAAGUCAAGGCCAAAGACCGCCCCAAGCCGAUUGUCGCACCCCCGAAGCCCGCUGCCCCAGCCGGCAGAAAGGUCGUUGGGAAGAAGCCGGGGGUGGGAUUGAAAAAGCUAGCCCCUGCAGCCGCGCCGCCUGCUCCAGAAGAAUCCCCGGUCAAACCUGCAUCCAGAGCACUUCCUUCGAAGCUCGGUGUUCCCAAACCUGGCGGCCUUCCAGCUCCUGGAUCCGGUAUCAAGAUGCAGAGGAAGCUUGCUGGUCCUGGCAGCACUGCGUCUCCGUCAAGACGUGUUGCUGCACCCCCGGCAGAGGAGGACGUGGCUCCCCCGCCAGCUGCUCCCAAAUUCGGUCUUGGCCGUGGUCUUGCGGGGCGUCCCAUCGCUAGACCGGCAGCGCCUGCUGAAUCCGCUCCUGCCCCCUCAUCCGCUGCCAAUGCCAUGUCAGCCGCCGAUCGCGCCGAGUUGGAGGAACUACGAGCGGAGAAGGAGAAACUAAAUCGAAUGGAAGAACUACGCUCGGAAAAGGAGGUCCUCUAUCGAACCGUCGAAGAAAUGAAAAGCGAGCGUGCAAAGCUUAACUCUACAAUCGCUGAACUCCAGAAUCAGAACGCACAGCUAAUCGAGGACCACACGCGCGAUGUGUUAAGCAUCAAGGCCAAAGAGACUCAACUAGUGCGAGCACGGAGUGACGCCGAAGCCGCGGAGGGGAGUGUCCAGAAACAGCAAAGAGAGAUCGAGCGAUUGAAGCGUGAACUCGCACGCGCACUUCGCGCAUCUGCCAUGAGCCCACCCAACGCUACCUCCGAUACUGGCAGCAUUGGCAUGCCGGAGACGAGCUCCAUGCAUCCUGACCACACCAGCAAUGGCAACGCGGCCACACGAUCUGGUCUUCACCUGGGAUCCCGCUUUGAGGGCUCGCGUCCUCGCAGCUACGCGUCCAACGAAGACAGAGAGAGUGGCAUGGAAUCACCAGGACCCAGCAGCCGCAAUGGCGGCCUCAGCCGACGCAAUCUGAGCCCUACAUACGGCUAUGGGGCCGUUAGCAGUCCCACGCGCUCAUCACGAACCUCCGCCACAAACUUGAAUGAAGACGACCAACAGCCUAGAUCGAGUGAGCCGGCGGAGAACUGGAAGCGAGCUGCGGAAGUCACCAGCCAGCUCAAGGCGAGAAUUGAACAAAUGAAGGUACGACAAGGGCUUUCACGACCCCCCGCCCAACGUUAA